CGGCGUACCGGCGUCCGGCCACGGUGUAGCAAGUAGAAACGAAGGAAUCUCGAGUCAGUGAGCACCUGUGGCAUCAAAGAGCGGUUGAUUUGACGUGUUGGUAAUUCAUUCGAGGGACUGACGAUGCCUGAGACGAAUAACGAGUGCGUGGGCGGCAGCGCUUGGGGGCGGCGCUCACUGGUGGUGGUGACGGGCGCGAGCCGCGGCAUCGGGCGCGCCGUGGCGCUGGAGGCUGGCCGGCGCGUGGGCCAGGGCUCGCUGAUGGUGCUGGUGGCCAGGAACGCGGACGGGCUGGGCGCCACGGCCGAGGCGGUGCGCCGCGCCAACGCCGCCGUCUCCGUCGUCUGCAAGCAGGCCGACCUGGAGCGCGACGUCGCACCCGACCUGCUCAGCGAUGCCGUGAGCCAGGCCGAGUGCGGGGACACAGCAGACUACAAGGUGGCCAUGAUCGUGCACAGUGCUGGCUCUGUUGGUGACCUGUCAGAGGGUACUGCACAGUUAGCAGACAGUGCCAAAUGGACCUCUUACCUGGCACUUAAUGUGUCUUCCGCUGCAGUGCUGACCGCGCAGUUCCUGGCUCUGCUACCACAGGGGGAUAAUGGCCCACGGCGUUACAUCGUCAACAUCACAUCUCUAGCUGCCGUGGAACCCUUCCCAUCUCUGGGGUACUAUUGUGUGGGCCGCGCUGCUCGUCAGAUGUACUUCUCAGUUCUGGCUGCUGAGAAUGCAUCACUGGCUGUGCUAAACUAUUCACCUGGUGUUGUGGACACAGACAUGGUGGCCAGUAUAGAAAAUGGUGCCUCAGACCCAGCCAUCCGUAACAGCUUCUCGGAUAUGCGCAAGCGUGGUGACAUUGUUUCCCCGGAGAAGACAGCUGCUCGUCUGGCUGCUGUGCUGGAGACAGGUGCCUUCCAGUCAGGGAAGCGCAUUGACUACUAUGACCUCAAGGACUAGAUGCCUUAGCUUCCUCUCUCUGCAGUACCUAGCUGUAGCGGAACAUGAAGUGCCAGUCUGAUGCACUAUAGUAAUAAAUAAGGUGUGUAUUUUCAAAACUGGGCAUGUGACUUCUAACAUAUGUUGAAUGGA